AUGAACGCCUGGCCCGCGGAAGGGAAUUGGGCAGUCACAUCGAGUGAUCACGGGGCUCUUAUCGUCAUCACGGCCCUCGUAGGAGUCACUUGGACGUUCUUGGUAUUUCUAAUUAGACUAUACAUUCGGCUAAAGCUCAACGGCCCGUUUGGACUAGACGAUAUCGCAGCGUCUUUCGCAACAACGUUCGGUAUUCUUCACACUGGUUUGACUCUUUCUUCCGCCAAACAUGGGCUGGGAAGACAGCAGAACUUGCUGGCACCUGCUGAUAUACAGGCGGCCUUGAAGCUCAACUAUGCGUCCAACUUUGCUUACAUAGUAGCUAUUUGCUUCUCAAAAUGCGCCAUGUUCCUCCUCAUAGCACGUCUCGGGCAGAAGGGAAAACACCUCCUUGCAACAUACGGCAUCGCUGCUUUCACGAUCACUUGGGCCGUAAUAUCGUUGUUUAUCAUGGCAUUCCAAUGCAGCCUUCCCGAGCCUUGGAAUAUCCAAACCAGCAGCCGGUGUCAACCCCUCUUCAUACGAUGGGUUGUCGUCGAAACGUUCAGCAUACUGAGCGAAGUCUGUGUGAGCGCAUUAGCCGUAACUCUGGUCUGGAAGCUGUCGAUGCCAUUCCAGACCAAAGUCGCGGUUGUAUGUGCCUUUUCAGCUCAGCUCUUCGUCAUCAUACCGAUUAUCUUCCGAUUACAUUUUGUGCGCGACUCGAAGAAUACAACCGACGCAACAUUUGAUUCCACAGAAAUUGCCAUCCUGACACAAAUCGUGAUGCAUUUCUCAAUCAUGGCCGCUACAUUUCCCUGUUUUCGGCAGUUCCUCCAGGCAUUUGACAGCGGACUUGGCGCAACCACGAAAAUUGGUGCCAAACCCGGAAGCGGCUCUCGCAAGGAUAGUUCGUACGUGUUGCAGAGUCUGAACUCAGCGCGUGAUGGGAGUCGAGGGAAGAGGUCCCUGGGGGGGCUGCGGCCGGAUUCUACGGCUCAGAUUGCCACUGCAGUAGGAGGUAGAUUAUCGGACCGUGACGCAGACAAUAUGAGCAUCGAGAGUUUAGGCAGUGACCAGGCUAUUUGGACAAGGAGGGGGUGGAUGGUGCAAUAUGAGGCCAGAUACCGUGACGAGUGA